GGGCUUGACGCAAGCUUUACGCGAGCUUGUAGUCCUUAGUUGGAAAGGUGUUGGACGUGGUUGUGAUGUGGAAGAUGCAUCAAACAGAAGCGUGAAGAUGCAGAAGAAGGAGGACGCUGCAGGUGUCCGCGGUCACGUGAUCUUUGCAGGUUGUGCUGAUCCUCCGGUAGCAGCAGUCGGUCCGCAUAUGUGUCCCAUGACUUGUCUUUGAAGAACCAGUGGUGCUGGUCCCGGACGGGAUGCCGCAGACAGCCAGUGGCCAUGACUGUGUUAGAGUUGUGGUUGUCACGCUCCAUCCCCAUGUGCCUGCUCCUCCAGAGUCUGGUACUCAUGGUCCUGUGUUUCCCUUCGGCCAGCAUGUGUCCCAGAGGCUGCAACUGUCAGCGGGACCUCCACCUUCAUGGGCUCAAUGUCAGCUGCAGUCAGUCCCGGCUCAAAGAGAUCCCUCCCAGCCUGCCGGUGGACACGGUCUUGUUGAGGCUGGACCACAACCAGAUAGACAGCGUUCCCGAUCAGGCUUUCCACGGACUUUGGCUUUUGAGAGAGCUCAACCUUUCCUACAAUACCGUGGAGACGCUCGGAGAUGGGGCGUUCAGUGGCGUCGAGGCAACGCUCCAAGUGCUGGACCUGUCCCAUAACCGCAUCACCAGUGUGCACAGGGAGGCCUUUUCCCGCCUCAAGGCUCGUGUUAUCAUGGACGAUAAUCCCUGGCACUGCGACUGCGCCCUCCAGCAGGCCAUCGGCGGGAUGGCCCACAACCACGAAUCCACCACUCGGGUUCUGUGCAGGAGCUCCGAGCUUCGGGACCAGGAGGGACGACCUUUCCUGGCAGUGGCCGGCGAUCUCUGCAACGUCGCCAAAAGGACAACGGACUACGCCAUGCUGGUGACCAUGUUCUGUUGGUUCGCCAUGGUCAUUUCCUACGUGGUCUACUACGUUCGUCAGAACCAGGAGGACGCCAGGCGACACCUGGAGUACCUCAAGUCUCUUCCCAGCAAGCCCAAGAAAGCAGAAGAGGCUGACGACAUAAGCACCGUGGUCUGAGGGGAGCCUCGGACCGGCCCGUCAAGACAAGGCUUCUUCCUGCAAACAUGGCUCGCUCCGUGGUCUUGAAUUUCACACUCGGCUUCGACAUGUACAGUCCGGCUUGAAAAAAACAAAUGAGGGUCAAACGGCACGUUAGGAUUUGUAAUCUUUUCCAAAUGGUUGGACUAAAACCUUGGACACUCUUCAGCCAGUGUACAAAAGCCAAAAGCAGUGAAGUUGUCGGCUUGUGUAAAUGCUAAAUAAAAAGAGACUACAACAAAUCAUUUUCAACUUCAAUUGAAAUAGACUGCAAAGACAUGAUUUUAACCUUCCAACUGAGAAACUUUUUGCAAAUAAUCAUGAAUUUCGAAUUUAUUGGGAACUGAGGAGACACUUUUUUGAAGUGGAAUUCUUUCCCAUUCUUGCUUGAUGUACAGUUUAAGUUGUUCAACAGUCUCCUGCUUCAUAUUUUAGCCUUCUUAUUUUCCAUGGGAGACAGGUCUGGACUACAGGCAGGCCAGUCUAGUACCCGCAUUGUUUUACUACGAAGCCACGCUGUUGUAACACGUGGCUUGACGUUGUCUCGCUGUAAUAAGCAGGGGCGACCAUGAUUGUGGAAGGAC